AUGCGAUCUGCAGCUUGGGCCCUUAGCCUCCUCUUCCCCGUGUGGGCAGUGGCGACGGAAAAAUACAUUCUCUGGAACAGCCAGACUUGCGAAGAGCAAAUCGAGGACGGCAUCUCGUUCUCGCGCUACACCACCUACAACAAUGCCAUCGACUGCUUCGAUUUCGCCGACAAUGUCGUGGCAGGCUCAGUCAGCCAAAGCAAGGACACUUUGUGCCAGGUCUUCAGCGGUGUUGGCUGCAGUGGGGAAGAAGUGCAGCUUGUCUGUACUGCCAACAACCUCUUUGACCCUCGCCUCUGUUGCACGGACACUCCUCAGGGAAUCAAAUCCGCCCGCUGCUGGGACCAGGAGUAG